GAAGAAACAGAAAUGUGGAAAAUAAGGGAAUGGGAGAAGCAGACAGAAGAGACUUACUGGAAAAGACAAAGCAGAAUGCUGUCAGACACCUCCAGUCGGAUGCGCAGUGAUGGCUUUGAUGAGGAGGGGCACAGGGCUGACUGGAAAACAAAGAACUCACAAUUUCUUGACCCAGUUGAAGAUGAUCUCCUUAGGGCCCGAUCAUGGAAUAAAAAGCUGUAUGAAUGUGAAGCCAACAUGCCAGACAGAUGGGGUCACAGUGGCUAUAAAGAGUUGUACCCUGAAGAAUUUGAUACAGAUAGUGACCAGCAAGAAGGAGAUGAACAAAAUGCUGUCAAUGGGAAGAAGAAAUCUUGUCUGGGAAAGCAAACUGCCCGUGAGUCACACAAACGGAAAAAAACAAAGAAAUCGCACAAGAAGCAGCAAAAAAAGCGAUCACACAAAAAACGAAAGAAAAAGAAAAAGGAGCAGCAGGAGAGAACAUCAUCAGAUUCUUCCCAGGAGAACGAGUGCUCAGAAGAGGAGACUUCAAGCACCCGGAAAGGGAAACACAAGCGCAAGAAAAAGACCAGGAAAGUGCCUGCCAGGGAACCUGCCUCUUCUGGGCAGGAAAGUGACUUUUCUCAUGCAAGCAGCUCAACCACCAGCAGCUCUGAGGACAGCGAAUCUGAGGAGAAAAAAGAGAAACGACCCCCAAAAAAGAGAAAGAAACGUCACAAUUCUGUGUCAGAGAGGCACAGUGAGGUACCAGAGAAGAGGAACAAGAGGAAGAACUGGAAAGUAGCCGCUGAUGAAAAAUCAGAGGAUAGCUCAGAUGAGGACUGA